AUGAUGCCUACAGGUAGAGGCUUUGCAGGGCUUGCAAGCCUGGGGAUAUUUGCUGUGUUGUACAUCUUACGAUUAACCUUGGAUGGCCCUCUAGUCUCAUCCACAAAUAACGCAAUCCACACGGGCGCCUCCGCCACCAGCACCGCCAACAAAAAUAGGGGCUCGAAUGGGCAUGAUGAAUAUGCUUAUUGGUACUACAAAGAAGCAUCCGUUCAAGCAUUUACGGAACUAGCGCAGCAAAUGUCAGACUUUGAAAAUUUGAAUGAAGUUCUCUUGGGUUUGGCAGAUACAUUCUUGUCAGACAUAUUGUUGAAGCACAUGUUACAUGCCUCGAAUCAAAUGCCUCCCGUUGGUGGAUUUCCUCCUAGAGGUAAAUUAAACUGCAAAGAUACAAAGUAUGCUUCAGUUUUGUCCGGUGCCAAAGACAAGAAUGCACCUAAGCGCAUUAUCGAUAUCAUUGGCUUUGGGUUCGACCCGGACAUCCUGGAGGUCCGUUUACUGGAAUACUAUGAUUUGGUGGACCAUUUUGUAAUAUUUGAACAAGACAAGGCUCAUCGAGGGUUUCACAAAGGGUUUUGGCUCGAGUCCUUGCUUCGUACCAAACGAUUUGAGCGAUUCAUGGACAAGAUCACCUAUAUUCCAUACACUGUGCCAAACAACUUGAUUCCUAAAAACAGAGCACCCCAGAAAUUUGAUUGGAGCCUUGAAGGAAUCAUGCGAGAGAUCCCAAUUCAGCAUUUGAAAAACACCACUUUUGCCGAUAUGGCCGAUGAGGCAAAAGACAACUUUUACAUCCUUCAAAAUGAUGGUGACGAAAUCAUGUCUCGAAAGGCAUUAGCUCAUUUUCAGCAGUGCGAACUUCUGACAACUAUCAAGUAUCCUAUUUAUGCACCCGCGCCCACUUGGAAACGCAACUCCGCCUGGAUGUUCCACACAUAUGAUAUGAAAGGAUUGCCCAUAGGUGGUGAAGACUUGCAGUACGGUGAAUUACGUGACUAUUUGUGGCGCCUAGGUCCCACUCUCUGGCGUUGGAAGGAUGUAGAAGCAGAAGGGAGUACAAUUCGUGGCAAAUCGAAUCAGGGGAGCACUCAUUUGGGGCUAGGAGCAGCCAAUCAUUUUUCAAGUCCAGGCCAUGCUAUUUUGGAGUUCAUUAAAGGCUUCACCACAGUGGAUUCACGAUUUGCCGGCAAGUCUGUUGAAUUCUGGAAGCGAGCCAGAGAUGGCCAACUCAACUAUGACGUCGAUCUGAACGGCUUUUUGCUAAAUUUUUGCGACCAAGCAAAGCAGAACAAAUACUCAUCCAGGUUUCCGACUAUUCACGUUCAUGCGGCUGUGGACAAGCGUACUCAAGAUUUUGUGGUACAAUCACUACCAUGGGCUCUGACAUCAUUAAAGCCCUAUCGGUAUCCAUACCUGUACCAUCCAAACUUGGCAGACGAAGAAGCGCAAAUGGUGCAGAAUAUGUGUGGGUUUUCUGUGCAAGAGCAAGCCAAGAAAUAA